AAUGAAAGUUUCAAACACCAUCUAGUGAGCAGAUACGGCAAUUCACUGGAAUAAUAAAAGAAUUCAUCGAUAUCUUGUCAUCUUUUUCCCACCGUCGUUUUGUUCGCGUUUGAUAGCGUGCUGUUAUUGUCCAGUUAGUUCGGUUAGCUUUUUUAUGCUUUGAAUAUGUCUCUGCCCAAAGAAAUACUGUCCCCCGCCCGGUCUCCGAAUGCUUCUUUGGGGUCGAUUAGUGAAUCACCAUCAAGAAGUUCCUUAAUUCCGAAUCCUAUCAUCACUAAAAGGACAAGAACCUUAUCCAUGCUUGAGCUGGCAUUGGAACACCCAGUUGAACAUGGUGUAAUCAAAAGUUUUUGCAGAGUAAAGGGCCAUGGUUUCAUCAAGAAAGAUGAUGGCGAUGAUAUAUUUGUCCAUGUUUCAGACAUUGAUGGAGAAUAUGUCCCACGAGUUGGGGAUGAAGUAUCUUUUCGGAAACUACAAAUUCCACCUAAAAUGGAAAAAUACCAGGCUGUUCAUGUUCAAAUAACAAACUUCACUCCUGAAGUUCAUCAGCGCUGGACAUCACCACUAACACCAGAGGAAGGACGUGAGGGUUCUAGGCCUGGUUCCCCAACAUCAAACAAGACAAAUUAGAUUAAGACCAUUGCUGAUUGACUUUCUGGCAAUUUCAGAUUUCCAUUACCUUCCAGACUUCCCUUAUUUUGGAACUGAAUGUCAUAGUUUGUUCACACUAUCAUAUUCCUAUAACAUCACAUUAAGGUGGAUCUCUGUUUACCAUGGGAAAUCUUUCCAAGUAGUUAACUAAUAUAACCUUAACUAUUUGGGUGUUUCUUUAUAAGACUAGCAAGGCGUGUAAUUUUGUUUGGAAUCGUUAAUGCAGAAGUCGUUAUUGAAUCAUUAUUACAGUCAUUCCAGCUUAA